AUGCCGAAUUACUACGACAUCGAUGACAUCCUCAUGGAGGAUGAGCCUAUUUCAGUUGUUUUCCAAGUAACCGCCAAUGGCGUCGGCCUUCUAGAUCCUGGUGCUGAAAGUAACUGUGUCGAAAAGGGUGCCAAGGUGGACCUCCCAUUUUGGCUUGCUCAUGGUCUGCUAACUCUGGAACAAGCGGUGUCAAUAAAUCCACCUCCAUGCUUCACACAGAGAACUCGGAAGGAGAUCCAAGCUGAUGCAGCCUGUGUGGAUUUGAGGGUUCUUUGCCCAUACUUUUAUGAGCUAGGAUGCAAGAUUGUUCCUUUGGUGAGUGACAAGAGCAUUGGCCUUUUCUUGCGCUAUGCAUUCACUAGUAGGUACAAAGAGGUUCUAAGCAAGUCUCACAGUUCUUCCAUGAUGACAAUGCCCAAGUUCGUUCCACGCCUUACAAAAGAAGAAAGUCGAGGCAUGCAAACAUCUCCCCUGUGA